ACACACACACACACACACACACACAUAUUCAUAGACAUGCCUGUCAAAGAGCCAUCUCCAUGGCAACGUUGUCAUAGUGAAGUUGACUACCACUAAACAAUCUGUGUUUGGGUUCAGUGCACAUGCUGAGUUCCGGGGAUAAAACCUGACAUAGAAGGACACUCGCGACAGGAUCACAGGAUUUCUAUAAGGUAAUGGCUAGUGCUGAACCUUGGGUUGGAUCCUGGAGGCCCCACAAGCCAAGAGGGCCUAUAGCCGCUCUCUAUCGUAGCCCGGGACCCAAGUAUGCACUGCCUGGACUCACAGGUGUCAAUAAACAUGACCCUACCAAAUACAAAGCACCAGUGUUCAGCUUAGGGAAACUUCAUAUCCAGACCAGUCCUGAUUGCUCCCCUGGACCAAGAUACCUUGUUCCCUCCAACAUCACCAGAGAUGGCCGAGACGGCACUCCUGCAUUUUCUCUCCACAGCCGCCCAAAGGAGCCAAGAUUGUUCCAGGCCCCUGGACCAGGCCGCUACUCCCCAGAGCGUUCAGGAAGGUCCGUCUUCCGCUCUGCUCCUGCUUAUUCUCUGUCUGGGAGGAGCAAAGACAUGAGCACUCACAAAACACCUGGUCCAGCCUCGUACAAUCUGCCUCCUGUGCUGGGGCCCAAAACUGUGGCUACAUCUGCAGCUCCCACCUACUCCCUCUGUGGCCGCAGCAAAAAUGGAAGCUUCCAUGAGGAUCUGAAGAAGACUCCUGGUCCUGCUGCCUACAAAGUUGUGGACCCUUGUAUUUACAGGCAAAAACCACCCCAUUUCAGCAUGACAGGCCGCAACUUUGCUCCUGGUGAAACUACAAGGAAACCAGGACCUGGCACGCACUAUCCUGAGAAUGUGACUGUCACAAGAGGAAAAGCUCCAAGCUUCUCCUUUGGACUGCGUCACUCAGAAUACAUCGCACCCCUCAUAGUAGAUGUGGCUGAAUAAUGCCACAUAUCAUCUCUUAUUUCAAAUGAAAAAUUCCCACAGCAUGAACGAAUAAAGACAAAAGGCAAACUACUCAGAAUUAUUGAGAUCAUAUUUUUUUGCCACAGUUAUGGACCUUGUUGUAUUGGUACUUGUCACUUUGUCAGGUUUAUGACCACUAUCAGUAUUUAAGUAAAUUACACUUAAUUAAAAAUAUUUCAUUAGUAGCACGUCUGAGAUUUGUAUUAAUGUAACAUAAUUUUUAAGCCAGUUUUAUUUUUCAGGUAAGCCAUUUCUCAGUAUGGUAAAGCAUAAAAAGUCAUAGUGUAGUAAGGCAACAAAAGUCAUUGUAUAGUAAAGCAGUAAAAGGUCAUAGUAUAGUCAGGCACAAAAGUGAAUAUAAUAGUAAGGCUUAAAAAGUCAUAGUAUUGUGAUGGCCCCAGCCGCAUGUGUUUCCCUGGUUUGCUGCCUUCUGUCCUCUUUUGCAGGUGUUCUACCCGCUUCUAUGCUUAAUGCCAUGUCUGCUAUGCACUGGUCUCCUGGUUGGGUUUGCAUUGCCUGGCUUCCUGGUUCCUAGGAGACUCCACCCACCUUAGGUUGUUGAUUGGCUGCACCUGUGAGGAAGGGCAUAAAAGCCAGGUUUCCUCAAGCUUCUGGCUCUCUCUCCCAGGACAGCGGACCCCCUGACAGUCUCUUCAUUUGUUGUUAAUUUUUUUUUGUUGGUGUCUACCAUACAACACACACAAGACAAACAUACACCUCCACCACACACUGAUAACUGACGUCACAUCCUGUGAACUAUGUUUGUUAUCCUUUUGCAUUAAAAGAAAUGUCACUUUAACUCAAGCCUACUGUGUGGACCUCCCUUGAUUGUUGUGACUAAAUGAGCUGGUCAUAACAUUCUAGUAAGUCAUAGAAAAAAAAAGGCCUUGUAUAGUAAGGCAUAUACUGUCAUAUAAACGUCAUACUAUAGUAAGGUAUAAAAAUGUCAAAAAAUUUGAUAGUAAAGUAAGGAAAAAAUGUAAGAAAAUGUCAUAAUAUAGUAAGGCAUCAAACGUCAUAGUAUAGUAAGGCAUAAAAAUGUAAAAAAAAACAUCAAAUUAAAAUAAGGCAUAAUAGGGCAUAAACUGUCAUAGUAUAGCAAGGCAAUAAAAACGUAAAAAAAAAGGUCAAAGUAUAGUAAGGUAUAAAAAUGUCAAAAAAUUUCAUAGUAUAAUAAGACAUAAAAUGUCAUAAAAACGUCAUAGUAUAGUAAGGCAUAAAAAUGUGAAAAAAAACGUCAUGGUAUAGUAAGGCAUAAAAAGGUCAAAAAAUGUCAUAGUAUAAUAAGGCUUAAAAACAUCCAAAAACGUCAUAGUAUAGUAAGGCAAUAAAAACUAAAAAAAAACAGUCAAAUUAUAGUAAGGCAUAAAAUGUCAUAAAAAUGUCAUACUAUUGUAAGGCAUAAAAGGGCAUAAAACGUCAUAGUAUAGUAAGGCAAUAAAAACGUAAAAAAAAAGGUUAAAGUAUAGUAAGGUAUAAAAAUGUCAAAAAAUUUCAUAGUAUAGUAAGGCAGGAAAUGUCAGAAAAGGUCAUAGUAUAAUAAGGCAAUAAAAAUGUAAAAAAAACCGUCAAAUCAUAGUAAGGCAUAAAAUGUCAUAAAAACAUCAUACUAUUGUAAGGCAUAAAAAUGUCACAGAAAGGCCUUGUAUAGUAAGGUAUAAAAGGGCAUAAAAACGUCAAAGUAUAGAAAGGCAUAAAAAUGUCAAAAAAUUUCAUAGUAUAGUAAGGCAGAAAAUGUCAGAAAACGUCAUAGUAUAGUAAGGCAAUAGAAACGUAAAAAAACCCGUCAAAUUAUAGUAACACAUAAAAUGUCAUAUACACGUCAUACUGUUGUAAGGCAUAAAAAUGUUACAGAAAGGCCUUGUAUGGUAAGGCAUAAAAGGGCAUAAAAACGUCAUAGUAUAGUAAGGCAUAAAAAGCCAUGAAAAAAUCACAGUAUAGUAAGGCAUAAAAAUGUCAAAACAUUUCAUAGUAAUGUAAGGCAGGAAAUGUCAGAAAACAUCAUACUAUAGUAAGGCAUCAAACAUCAUAGUGUAGUAAAGCAUAAAAAUAAAAAAAAAACUGUCAAAUUGUAGUAAGGUAUGAAACUUAAUAAAAACGUCAUAGUAAAGUAAGGCCUAAAAAUGGCAAAAAAUGUCAUAGUGUAGUAAAGGCAGAAAAUGUCAGAAAACGUCAUACUAUAGUAAGGCAUAAAACGUCAUAGUAUAGUAAGGCAAAAAAAGUCAAAAAAAAGUCAAAUUAUAGUAAGGCUUAAAAUGUCAUAAAAAUGUCAUACUAUUGUAAGGCAUAAAAGGGCAUAAAACGUCAUAGUAUAGUAAGGCAAUAAAAACGUUAAAAAAAAGGUCAAAGUAUAGUAAGGUAUAAAAAGCCAUGAAAAAAUCACAGUAUAGUAAGGCAUAAAAAUGUCAAAACAUUUCAUAGUAAUGUAAGGCAGGAAAUGUCAGAAAACAUCAUACUAUAGUAAGGCAUCAAACAUCAUAGUGUAGAAAAGCAUAAAAAUAAAAAAAAAACUGUCAAAUUGUAGUAAGGUAUGAAACUUAAUAAAAACGUCAUAGUAAAGUAAGGCCUAAAAAUGGCAAAAAAUGUCAUAGUGUAGUAAAGGCAGAAAAUGUCAGAAAACGUCAUACUAUAGUAAGGCAUAAAACGUCAUAGUAUAGUAAGGCAAAAAAAGUAAAAAAAAAGUCAAAUUAUAGUAAGGCUUAAAAUGUCAUAAAAAUGUCAUACUAUUGUAAGGCAUAAAAGGGCAUAAAACGUCAUAGUAUAGUAAGGCAGGAAAUGUCAUAAAACGUCAUAGUAUAGUGAGGCAUAAAACGUCAUAGUAUAGUAAGGCAAAAAAAGUCAAAAAAAUGUCAAAUUAUAGUAAGGCUUAAAAUGUCAUAAAAAUGUCAUACUAUUGUAAGGCAUAAAAGGGCAUAAAACGUCAUAGUAUAGUAAGGCAAUAAAAA